AUGGAGGGCAGGUUUGUGGCACACGGCGAGGAGAUGAGGGAGGAGGCGGGAACCCCGCUGGGGAAUGAGCCGCACCCGCACCUUGUGAGUGGCUGCCCGUAUGAGACGGUGAAGGUCGGCACCGCGGCGUUGUCUGAGGAGGAUGACUCCCAGACGGGCAUGAAGUGCGGUGGGGCCUACCGCGCCAUGGGGCGCUUGAACAGCAUUGUGCCCUACGGCGGACUCGUCUCGAACUCGUUCAACCUGGCAAGUGCGACGCUUGGGGCCGGUAUUGUGGCGAUACCCUCCGGAUUCCGCGACUCGGGCAUCGUCGUCGCCGCCAUUCUCCUCGCGCUGUGCUGCGCCUGCACCGUGUACUCCAUUCGACUGCUUGCACUCAUCAAGGAGAAGACGGGAUUUCGCUCAUAUGAAGAAAUGGCGCGUGGACUUUUUGCCCGUGGCUUCGACUACUUCGUGGCCUUCCUUAUGUUUAUCUUCUGCUUUGGGACCUGUGUUGGGUACGUCAUCUCCGUCGGCGACUUGCUCUUCCCGCUGCUGGCUUCCCCGUCGACACCGGAGUUUCUUCGUACGAGCACUGGAAAGUCUCUGCUGGUCAGUGGGGUUUGGCUGCUUGGAAUGUUUUCUCUCUCGCUUCCGAAGGAGAUCAAUUCCCUUCGCCACGCCUCGGUGGUUGGGGUGAGUUUUCUCAUCUUCUUCGUCGCCUGCAUGGUCAUACAUGCCGCCAGCAAUGGCCUAAAAGGGGGUCUGUCGUCGGAGCUGCAUCUGUACAAUGGUGGAAAAAACGCACUGAAUGGGCUUUCACUGUUUAUUUUUGCGUUUAUUUGUCAGGUGAACUGCUUCGAGGUCUACGGGGAGAUGCGGAACCCCUCACCGAACCGGAUGACGCGAGACACUGCGCUGAGUAUGACGUUUGUUGGUUUGCUAUACUUUUUCGCGGGCUUCUUCGGCUACGCGGACUUCGGCAACGCCGUUGCUGGCUCCGUGCUGCAGCUGUACGACCCCGGGCAUGAUCUCUUGAUGGCGGUUGCGUACGUUGGUAUUGCGAUCAAGCUUUGCGUCGGGUUUGCCAUCUGCAUUCAGCCGUCGCGCGACGCCGUCUACUACGUCCUUCGCUGGGGGAAAACGUCCGACGUCCCCACGUGGCGUAAUCUUCUUCUUAGCGGGUUUCUUGCGCUGGCCGCGCUGAUCCUCGGCCUCUUCAUUCCGAGCAUCACCGUCGUGUUUGGCUUCCUGGGCGGCGUGUGCGGAGGCUUUCUGGGCUUCCUCUUUCCCGCCUUUUUCUACAUGUACGCCGGCAACUGGUCGCUGAGGGAGGUGGGCUGGGCGAACUUUCUCGCCACGUACUGUCUCAUCCUCCUCGGCGUCGUCGCCGUGGUGUUUGGCACCGCCCUGACCAUCUACGGCGAAGUCCACGGCUGA